CCAUAUUCUCUUCAUCAGAUGGAGUGGCUUCUGUUGAGGAUCUGAAUGAUGAAGCAACGAUACAAUAAUGACGAUCAUCAGAGCUGGAAGAAAAGGAGGCGGACAAAUUCAAAUUUAUGGCUACUGUGCCUGGCUGUCGUGAUCCUAUCGUUUAUCGAUCGAACAAACGCUUUAUUCGGCCUUCCGACCAAACGAUUUCGAUAUGAAGGUCUAAUUGAUGCUGGAAGCUUAGGUUUAGAAGGUCUUAAUGGGCAAGUGACCGCUUUUGGAGAUUGGAAUGCCGAUUCUGCUAUUGAUGUAUUCACAAUCAGUCAAGAUGGCAAAUCGAUCAACGUUUACAUUUGGGAUCAUACCGCUUUCAAGUUCGUUCAAUCACCUUUGGCACGCAUUACUGCUCCUCGUGGAAAUACUUUUGUCAACAUUGUUCCGGCCGAUUUCAACUAUGAUGGAAAGCUUGACGUCUUGGCGAUGAUGAAAGGGGACAAUGCAGACCAAUUAGAGAUGGCAGUCUGGCUUGGUACGCAAGAAGGAAGUGUAGCGCCAUCACCAGUUCUUUUGAAUGCGUCUACAAGUGCACAGCCGAUCACACUCGAUGUGACGGGAAAUAUGCGAGGCGAUCUACUUGGUCACCUUCCUACGAGCUCUGAUAAGUUGAGUAUCUGGCGUAACGCUUUGAAGCCAGAUAAUAGCACAGAAGGGUUCGUAGUAGAAGAUGCACCUUUGUACAAUGCUGAUGGUGCAAGCAAAAGCACAACAACAUGUCACCUUGCCAACCCACACAGCUCUGCAUUCAUUGACUUGAAUGGAGACUGUCUAGCAGAUCUGUUCUUAGUGUGCAGCGAAUCCAAUUGGGGUUGGGGAUCCUCAUCGAGCUACCAAAUCUGGACUGCUAACAAGGAUAGCAAAAAGCCAGGUUAUACGUUGGCCCGUCAAGGAAAGCUUCCAGAUGGUGCUGGAGCCCUAUCAUUUGCCGAUAUGGAUCGAGACGGAACAAUUGACGUCGUCUUCCCAUCCUGCGACGGCAAAAGUGGUCCUUGUUACAUCAAUAUCGCCUACAACAGACAGAUGCCAUUGUGCAGCGAGAAACGGGAUGAUUGGUUUGGUGUAGGACCAGGAGGUGCAACACUGACAAACAGUACACAAACAUGUCGUGAUACAGAGUACAACCUUUGCACAGCCGAUGACAGCUUUUCGUUCGACUUCAGCACCGAUCCGUCAAAUGACAAGAUGGCACGUAUACCCCUGGCAGACGUAGUCCCAGAAAACAAGCUGCUCUUGUCUGAUGACCUGCUUUCGUCUCCAAUACCCGUACCUUUGGCGCUUGGAGAUUUCAACAGAGAUGGUUAUCCUGAUUUGGCAAUUAUCACCAUACCUACGCGAGCAAGAGGCGAUGAAACACAUCUGCGACUGCUAGAGAGUGUACCAUGCAAUGCCAAAGGUGCUCAACAACCCGGUUGUCCAUCUGACCCAAAGAACCGACACCGGAAGCGAACAUUCAAAAUGUUAGACGAAGAUGUACAAGCAAUUGAUGCAAUGACAGAUGCACGCAGUGCUGUGUUCUUUGAUCUGGAUGAAGAUGGAUCAUUGGAUCUACUCGUACAGCGAUUGCCUACUAAGGGACAAAAGAAAGAUCAACGAUCGAUCACAUUCGUACAGAAUAACUUCUUCUACGAUGCAUUCUUCCUCAAGGCUAUGACCUCGAAUGGAGCAUGUUCGAGUUAUUGCGAUCCUUCUGGCCCUGGCAAAGAUCGAUAUAGACCUUGGGGUGUGAAUUAUGGAGGGGCUUCUUACAAGUUUACAGUGUUGGAUACGAAUGGGAUUCGAAGGCCGCAACAGGUUGGACAGUUGGCUCAGACGGCAUACAGAAGCUUGCUGUUACCUUAUGCCUAUUUCGGUUUAGGAAGAACGAACAAUUAUGUGGAAAGCUUGUUCGUUGGUGUGACCCGAAGAAGAGAGGUAAACUAUGUCGAGCUGGAAGGAGUGAUUCCCAAUUCUCAAGUUGUAAUUCUUCCUUGGGAACCUGUAGCGGAAGGAGAACAAGAAAUGGGCGAUUCAUCAACAUGGAAAAGGGAGUUGUACGUCAGUCCGGGCGAAUGGAUUCCUUGGGUGACUGUUGUUUUGGUUACGAUCAUUGUUAUGCUUUUAGGUGUAGUGUUUGUCUUACACCUCAACGAAAAACGAGAAGAUGAAAGAGAACGAAAGAGAGCCGUUCAUGCGAUCAAUUUUGACGCACUCUGAUCGGGAACAUGUAUUUAUAUCCUUAUGCAAAACACGAUUUCAAUUUCCACACUUUUUGAUUGAGAUGCAAUAGUAUUUUGGG